UGCGUAGCAAAUAGAAGUGUUCAAAGCUUACUUAAUCCGCACUCAAUCUUUGUCAUGGUCUCGAUGGCUUUCCUUUGGUGUUUAUCAGCUAUGCCAACAAUGUCACCUGCUUAUAUGGCACCACCAACGCCAUGCGACUCCAACUGCACUUUCAUCACUGUCCAGGAAGAGUUUCACCUGGGACGAGCCAUUCUCGACCCUGCUGAAUUGACGUCAUCGGUGUAUUUUCUUGGAAAUCUCGUACUGGGUCAAAUAUAUUGCAUGGCAGCUGAUCGCAUUGGCCGUCGUCCCGUGCUGGUGUGGAGCUUGCUGGUGUCCGGAUUGGCUGGAGUUCUAGCUGCCUUUGCUUCUAAUUUGUAUUUGAUGUUAUUGGGUCGAUUUAUACAAGGAUCCUUCUUCAAUUCAAUCACUAUGAUUAACUGGGUGAUGUGUUGUGAAUCCAUCGCAUUCAAGGGUCAUUCGUAUGCAUCUGUAUUAUUUGGUGUGUUCUGGGUGGCAGGCUACUGUUUGAUCACUCCUAUAGCGCUAACUUUUCAAUCAUGGCGUGCUGUUCAGUUCGUCACAUCAUUUCCAACAUUGUUAUUCGGUGUAGUCAUGCUUAUGUGGGUUCUUCCCUUUCUGUUCGAUGGCAUUUAUGGUACAGUAGGUAGAACCGAUACUUAUGGAGACCUCAUUUUUGAGGCUUCACCAAAAGACCGUUUUUUAACGUUCGCUUCAUUUCAGGUUAUAAAAGGCAGUGCUGAUAAGUCCUUUUUGUUUUCUGGUCUUGUGGAGCUCCCCUGCUACUUCAUAAUGCCUGUUGCACUUGAUCGAAAAUUGAUUUACACUAUUGUACUGACAACAGCUACCGGCUUGUCUCCCCCACUUCUAUUCUUCAAUGAAAUUCCAGAUUCCUAUCCAACAAUUUAUCUCUGUAUUUGGCUUGUAGCCAAAUUUGGAAUGGCCAGUGCAUUUAUGUGUUGUUUUGUGUAUGGUGCUGAGAUUUUCCCUGUGCAGUAUCGAAAUAUUUGUCUGGGUUUCUGUGCCACACUGAGUAACAUUGGUGCGAUGAUGUCCCCUCAUUGCAAUAUUCUGGAUAGCAUAUUCAGUGGGCUGAUGUUUGCUACGUUUGCGGCUCUGAGUGCACUUUGUGCAUUUAUCACAACAUUUCUUCCAGAAACGAAAAAUUCCCACUAA